AGAAAAGGAAACGGAGAGGAGAGGCGAAAGGGCAAAACCCCCUCACACAGAGUCACGGGUCAAGUACCCCUCCACUGGGCUAUUGCUACUGAGAGAGCUCCAACUGCUCAUUUACUUCUCUCACUCUCUCCCCUCAACUGUGAAACACGAAGAAAGGGAAAAUAUGAGCCGCUACGACAGCCGGUCCGGCGACCCUGGCUCCUACCGCGACCGGAAAAGCGAUUCCGGUUUCGGAGGAGGUGGAACUCUUGCUUACGGAAGCGGCGUUGGUCGAUCGUCAUCGUCGAGCAAGAGGGAAUACGAUGGUGCGGACUCCCCCAAAAAGCUGGACUUGGAUGGACUCCCCCAUUUCGAGAAGAAUUUCUAUAUUGAGUCUCCCUCUGUGGCGGCUAUGACCGAGAGUGAAGUCGAGGCCUACCGUCAGCGCAGGCAGAUCACUGUCGAGGGCCGAGAUGUCCCCAAACCUGUCAGGGAAUUUCGCGAUGCUGCGUUUCCAGAUUAUGUUAUGCAAGAAGUUAUUAAGGCUGGUUUUGUUGAACCUACCCCUAUUCAAGCUCAAGGAUGGCCAAUGGCUUUAAAGGGUCGUGAUCUUAUUGGAAUUGCAGAAACAGGAUCUGGAAAGACUCUUGCUUAUCUACUUCCUGCUAUUGUUCAUGUUAAUGCACAGCCGUUUUUAGCUCCUGGAGAUGGCCCUAUUGUCUUAGUUUUGGCUCCGACCCGUGAACUUGCUGUUCAGAUACAACAAGAAGCCACUAAGUUUGGAGCAUCAUCAAGGAUUAAGAAUACCUGUAUUUAUGGUGGUGUUCCAAAGGGACCUCAAGUCCGUGAUCUCCAAAAGGGUGUUGAAAUUGUUAUUGCUACCCCUGGAAGACUGAUUGAUAUGUUGGAGACCCAUCACACCAACUUGCGAAGGGUUACUUACCUUGUUUUGGAUGAGGCAGAUCGCAUGCUAGAUAUGGGUUUUGAUCCUCAGAUAAGGAAAAUUGUUUCUCAGAUACGUCCAGACCGCCAGACAUUAUACUGGAGUGCUACUUGGCCCAAGGAGGUCGAACAGCUUGCAAGGCAGUUCCUUUAUAAUCCAUAUAAGGUGAUUAUUGGUUCUCCUGAUUUGAAAGCUAACCAUGCGAUUCGCCAGCAUGUGGAUAUCGUUUCAGAGAAUCAGAAAUAUAACAAGUUGGUGAAGCUGCUGGAUGACAUCAUGGAUGGUAGCAGGAUCCUGAUAUUCAUGGAUACCAAGAAAGGUUGUGACCAGAUCACCAGACAGCUCCGGAUGGAUGGUUGGCCUGCCCUCUCAAUCCAUGGAGAUAAGAGUCAAGCAGAGAGGGAUUGGGUACUGUCAGAGUUCAAAGCUGGCAAGAGCCCCAUAAUGACUGCAACAGAUGUAGCAGCACGUGGUUUGGAUGUGAAGGAUGUGAAAUUUGUGAUAAAUUAUGAUUUUCCGGGGUCCCUAGAAGAUUAUGUCCACCGCAUUGGUCGAACAGGAAGAGCUGGGGCAAAGGGAACAGCAUAUACAUUCUUCACUGCUGCAAAUGCCAGAUUUGCCAAGGAACUUAUUAAAAUCCUUGAGGAAGCUGGACAGAAAGUCAGUCCUGAACUAGCUGCAAUGGGGCGUGGAGCGCCACCACCUCCAUCAGGUCAUGGGGGAUUCCGUGAUCGUGGGAGAGGUUUUGGUGGCCGCCCAUGGAGUUAAUUGAUUGAUGAGGGAUAUGGAUGACCAGAAGAACCAUGAAUGGCAAAACAGCUCGAUCCCUGCAACCAUACUGAGGGCUUGUAUUUUGGCAUUUACUGAUUGAUGGUGGGACUCUCAAAUCUUGGGGUGACUUCUCUCACUUGCAGAACCUGGCAAGCAUUCUUGUUGGAGCUUAAAUGUCAUCAUUAGCUGAGCUGUGUGCUUAAUGUAUGACAGUUUGUAAGAUAGAACAAGUCUACUAAGGAAAAAAGGAAAAAGAAUAGCAACCUCAAUUUCUUCUUUCUUUCUCUGCUUUUCACCCCUCAGCUUCCUCUUCUGCCGUUUCCAUGUUCUUAACUGAUUGAAUUAGAUUGUUAAGCUAACUGAUUGUUUACUUUCUUGCAA